CGCUGCUUCAGUCCAGAGUUCAGCCGCAUCCUCUCCGUUUGUCCGCACCGUGCACGCGCUGACUGCAGCUCAGAAGCGGGUCCACCUGUCCCGCGGCGGGUCACCGGUUCCGUUCGUUCUGCGCCCCCGUGUCCUCUGGAGCUGUUUGGAUUUUACGCACUGCCAGAGCUGCCUGUGACGCGCGGCGCGCUCCGUGAUGGCGCGCUUCUUACUGCCGUGUCUCCUGCUGUGUGUCUCGGCGCGUGCGGCUCUGUCCUCGGGGGUCUUCGAGCUGAAGAUCGACUCCUUCAUCAGCGCGCGCCCGCUGUGCCUCCAGCAGCCGGGGGACUGUCGGCUCUUUUUCCGCGUCUGCCUGAAGCACGUGCAGCAUGUGUCCAACCCGGGGACGCCGUGCACGUACGGGAACGCCAGCACGGAGGUCAUCGGUGUGAACUCCAUCCCCGGGAGCGCGCCCGUCAGGGUGCCGUUCGUCUACAAGUGGCCGGGGAGCGUCGCUCUGAUCCUGGAGGCCUGGAGCGCAGCGGAGUCCGCAGAAACCCUCCUGAGCCGCACAGCGACCCGCCGCACCCUCAGCGUGGGGCCGGAGUGGUCCCAGGCGGAGAACCAGACGGAGCUGCUGUACUCCUACCGCGUGGUCUGUGACCGCUUCUACCACGGCGACACCUGCUCCACCUUCUGCCGCCCCCGCAACGACACCCACGGCCACUUCGUCUGCGACGAGGAGGGCCGCCGCCACUGCAUGGAGGGCUGGAGGGGAGAGUACUGCUCGCAGUCCAUCUGUGCGGCGGGGUGCAGCGAGGAGCACGGUUCCUGCACGUCUCCCGGCCAGUGCAAGUGCCAGCAGGGCUGGCGGGGGAAGCUCUGCGACGAGUGCACCCCGCACCCGGGCUGCGACCACGGGACCUGCCAGCAGCCUUGGCAGUGCAACUGCAAGGAGGGCUGGGGGGGGCUGUUAUGCAACCAAGACCUGAACUACUGCACCAACCACAAGCCGUGCAAGAAUGGCGCCUCAUGCACCAACACAGGAAAGGGCAGCUACACCUGCGCCUGCCGACCGGGAUACCUGGGCAAAGACUGCGAGACCGAGACCAACGAGUGUGACAGCAACCCCUGCAAGAACGGCGGCAGCUGCAAAGAUCUGGAGAACGGUUAUUCGUGUGCGUGCCCUCAGGGCUUCUACGGAACGAACUGUGAGGUCAGUGCCAUGACAUGUGCAGACGGGCCGUGUUUUAACGGAGGAACCUGCAUGGAGGAGGCCACAGGUGGCUACAGCUGCCGCUGCCCUGCUGGCUACACAGGCUCCAACUGCGAGAAGAGACCUGGCAGAUGCAGCAGCAACCCCUGCGCUAACG